CGGCGUUGUUUGCUUUAAAACGUGCGAAGAAAAACGGGUCGGACAUACACGUUUGAUUUGCUGCAGAAACCGGGUCUCUGUGUGUCUAUGACUUGUUGGAUAACGAUGGGGAAUGAAAGACGAUAUCGCUCAAAUGACUAUUGUUGGUUUGCUUUUCAUUUAUCUUUAGUGCUGAUUUUCGGAAAGCAGGCUUUGGCUGAACUGAGGUACUCAGUUCCAGAGGAGAUGAAAGAAGGUACAGUUGUCGGAAAUGUUGCCAAGGAUCUUGGUCUGGACAGAACCUCUUUGAUUGAUCGACGGUUCCGUGUUGUAUCUGGAUCUAAGGACGCUUUUUUUGAAGUAAACCCGGACAAUGGUGCUUUACAGGUCCGUAAAAAAAUCGACAGAGAGGAGCUGUGUCACGGUAGUGGUGUAUGCCUUACGGAGCUAAAAGUCCUUGUUGAAAACCCUUUAGAAAUGCACCAUGUCGUUGUGGAAAUUACUGAUGUAAAUGAUCACUCCCCCAAUUUUCCUGAAAAGGAGCAGCAAUUUGAAAUAGCAGAACAAACAGCUCCGGGAACUCGAUUCGAGCUGCACACGGCCCGUGAUCCCGAUGCUGGAAUUAAUUCUAUCCGCACAUAUACAAUAACGCCAAAUGAACACUUUGAAAUAGAAAUUAGCCAAAGCGACGAUGACAAAAUACCAUUUCUAGUGCUGAAGAAAGCCUUAGACAGAGAACAAAAGAAUAAACAUUUGAUAAUUGUCACAGCAGUUGAUGGAGGUAAACCUCCAAGAUCAGGGACACUUAAUGUUUCCAUUAUUGUACUUGAUAUCAAUGACAAUCGUCCAACAUUUAGUCAGGAAACUUAUCAAAUAGAAAUAUAUGAAAACAUGUCACUUGGUACUAUUGUUACAAGAGUGAACGCAACAGAUCCAGACGAAGGGACGAAUGGGGAAAUAGAGUACAGUCUUAGCAAAACAUUAGCACGUAAAGUUUAUGAAAUAUUUGAGUUGGAUAGUUUAACUGGAAAAAUUAAAUUAAAAGGGUUCGUGGAUUUUGAGGAAUCAGAGGUAUACAAAAUAGACAUUCAGGCAUCAGAUAAAGGAACGCCUCCAUUAACAAGCAGGUGUCGAGUAAUUGUAAAGAUAAAAGACGUUAAUGAUAAUCCUCCAGAAAUAGAAGUCACAUCUUUGUCAAAUACAGUGUCAGAAGAUUCAAAGCCUGGGACAGUUAUUUCACUUAUUAGUGUGACAGAUAAAGACUCUGGUCUUAAUGGAAAAAUCAUUUCCAGCAUAACCGAGGAAGUACCAUUUGAGUUAAGACCUUCUUAUAAGGAAAAUAUAUACUCAGUUGUCACGAAGGGAUUUUUGGAUCGAGAGGAGGUGUCACAUUAUGAAAUAACAAUAAAGACCACUGAUUGUGGUGAACCUCCCUUAUCUACUUUAAAAACUCUCACUAUUCAGAUAUCAGAUGUAAAUGACAACAAACCACAAUUCGAACAAAACCCGUUACAUUUUUAUCUAUCAGAAAAUAAUGUUGCUGGAGCGUCAAUAUUCUCUGUAAGUGCAAAGGACAAUGAUGUCAAUGACAAUGCAGCUAUUUCAUAUCAUAUUGCGAGAGAAAAUGAUCUGGCAUCUUUCCUAAAUAUAAACUCUGAAAAUGGACACAUCACAGCACUAAAAAGUUUUGACUUUGAAACACUGAAAACGUUCCAGUUCCAAGUUGUCGCCACAGAUUCUGGAACUCCGUCACUUAGCAGCAACGUCACAGUGAACGUGUUCAUUCUGGAUCAGAACGACAACGCUCCAGUCAUCCUGUAUCCAGUCAGCUCUAACGGUUCUGCUGAAGGUGUGGAGGAGAUUCCCCGCAAUGUGAACGCAGGACACUUGGUGACUAAAGUCAGAGCCUAUGACGCUGAUAUAGGAUAUAACGGCUGGUUACUGUUUUCACUGCAGGAAGUUACUGACCACAGUCUCUUUGCUUUGGACCGCUAUACAGGACAGAUCAGAACACUUCGCUCAUUCACAGAGACAGACGAGGCUGAGCAUAAACUGAUCAUACUGGUGAAAGACAAUGGCAACGUUUCUCUCUCAGCAACAGCUACUGUGCUUGUCAAAGUUGUGGAGCCCAAAGAGGCUUUUGCUGCUUCUGAUGUUAAAAGUGCAACAAGAGAUGAGGAGGGGACUGAUGUGACUUUUUACCUCAUGAUAACUUUGGGAUCAGUUUCUGUACUUUUUAUCAUCAGUAUCAUCGUGCUGAUUGCAAUGCAGUGCUCCAAAUCCACAGAGUAUACUUCCAAAUAUCUACAAGAGACUAAUUAUGAUGGGACACUGUGUCACAGCAUCCAGUACAGAUCUGGAGACAAACGCUACAUGUUAGUUGGACCCAGAAUGAGUAUAGGAUCUACUAUAGUCCCGGGCAGCCAUGCCAACACACUAGUGCUCCCUGACAGGAGACGGCCUUCUGGAGAGGUAAGAACAAUACUUUGA